AUGCUCUUCGCCAGUUUGCUGCUCAACAACGGACCUCGGAGAUGCUCGCUUUCAAAAGAACAGAACGACGGCGCAGGACAGCUAUUCGCGAACUGGCAAAAGAAGAGAGCGAAGCUCUUCGAGGUCUGGACAGUGAUAAGCAAAGAAGAGAGGAGAGAUCAGCUGAACUUCGCUGAGCCACUCCUCAGGCCGCGGCUCACAAACCCGCUGGACCUCGAAAAUGCCUCAAUAUUUGUCUAG